UCGAGUAUCAAAACAAGCUUAAAAAGCACAUGCACUGUGAGUCCAAAUAUUUUACUUUUGUUUCUAGCUCUCGGACAAGAUGUCUUGGCUAAAGAAGACCAGCCUAUUCAAGAAAAGCAAGGAAGAGCCUGAGGAAAAUGAGGAGUUAAAGGGAGAAAACGAUCAACCAGAGACUCAUCCAGACGAUGAAGCUGAAGAAAACAUGAACUCUGAAACAAACCCAUCCACUCCAGAGCCAAGAUCUGGAACGGCUGGAUCGAUCCGGAGCAGAAUCCAACCACCAUCAUUUCAACCCACUUUACAUGAGGACUCCGAACAUGAGGAAGAUGUGCCUCAAUUUGGAGAGUUAAGUGGAUCAGGUGAACUCCAGGAACGGGGUCUAGACGAAGGGCCCGCGCAUGGUGAAUUGGAGCCCCUUCAAUUCGAACCCAACGAGAAUCCUAUGGGCGACCUGCCACCCACCAUGAACGACCAAUCCAAAGAAGAGGAUGAUUCCGACGAUGACUCGGAUGAUGAAAGCGAUGACGAUGAUGAUGAUGACGUGGCUGCUCCGCCUUUGGAGGGAAUGUACGAUCCCUCGGAGUACGAGAAUUUGAACGUCUCUAGUGACAUCAAGGACUUGUUUCAAUACAUCCUUCGUUAUACCCCUCAAACCAUCGAUCUUGACACUAAAUUCAAGCCCUUCAUCCCCGAGUAUAUCCCAGCUGUUGGCGACAUUGAUGCCUUCAUCAAGGUUCUUCGACCCGAUGACAAGAAAGAGGACCUUGGGCUUCGAGUCCUGGAUGAGCCUGCUCCGAAACAAAGCGAUCCUUCGGUUCUCGAGCUUCAACUUCGCGCCAUAUCCAAGCAAAGCUCUCACAAAGCGGCACAAGUCAAGAAGAUCGAGAGUGGCGAGAAGAGCUCCAAAGAUAUCGAGAAAUGGAUCAAGGAUAUUUCAGAUCUGCACCGCUCCAAACCUCCGCCCACCGUGCAUUACUCGAAACCCAUGCCGGAUAUUGACUUUCUCAUGCAAGAAUGGCCGCCCGAAAUGGAGGAAAUGUUGAAAGAAACAGGUAUCCCAACAGCUGAACUUGAUUGUGACUUGGCCACUUAUGUGGAUAUCUCUUGUGGAUUACUUGAUAUCCCGGUAUACAAAUCCAGGAUUCAAUCGCUCCAUGUUUUGUUCAAUCUAUAUUCAGCGUUCAGAAACUCACAGCACUUUAAUCAACUUGCCCAAGAUAAUAAUAUGGAUAACGCUCUGAAAGAUGGACUGGUGGAUAGAGUGGAAUUUUAAGUGAUGUGGUCAUUAAAAAUGUAGAAAUGCAUAUUGAUGAUAAAAUGAAAUUUAUUUCCUCUUUGAGGUGUCACGAAUCGUCGGGGUUAUCACAUGAAAAAUUGUCAACUGGCCAUUUUCCUGUUCAUCACUGUUCAGGGAUCAUUUGAGGUCGGAUGAAAUCCGAAUAAUUGACCGGUUUCGCUAGGUAGAUACUCGUGGUUAUAUGAGUGGUAAUCGUUUCGAAAAGUGCAUUUAAUGAAUUGUCUCACACCGGGUUUUUUGGGGGUGGGGGGGUAAAAACAGGAGAGAGUUACGAGUAUUUUUUUUUUUUACAUUUUUGGAGUCGUUACAAUUAUUUUGAGUGGUCAUGAGAUUAAAUCUUCUUUUCCUAGAAAAAAAGUAACGGAUUAUUGUAAUUUCAUACCUACUGCUCUGCAAAUGAUACAACGAAAUCGUACACCAACUGAUACCAAACGGUUUCUAAUUCAUAUUUGGUUAACAGGAAAACAGUAAGUUCGAAGGCAAAAGCAAAAUAUUUUGUCCCAUGGUGGGAACCUAACAAUUGGAUAGUACUAUACGCUUCAAUCGUGAAGGAAGACAGCUCAACGAAUAAAGCACCGAGCAGUUCACCUUUCUACUGACCAAGCA